AUGCCUCCCAAGAAGGGCCAACGUAAGUCGAUGCCUGCGCGCAUCAAUAAAGAGCCUACAUUGACACCUUCUCGGCGCUCCCCCCGAGUACCUCCCCCGUCAAAAAAUUCAAAUGAGAACGUGCAACCCGCCAAAACGUUGAACCUUACAUCCGCCUCUCCACAAGACACUUCUUUCAAUCUUCAUUUUUACACCCCGAACACGCCUGUUCCAAGUAAUCAGUCUGUUCCAAGUCCUAGUUCACGUGGGAAAUCUCCUGAAACACCUUCUUCACGUCGGCGGACCUUUCAGUCUCGUCCGUCACGUCUUUCAAACGUUUACACUCCAGCCCUAGAAGCCUCGGCCACCGACCCGGGGAGUCGACGGACGAGGAGAACAGCUCUACUUGAAACACCCAAGAAAGAGGUCUCAGAAAUAGACUUUUCAGAGAGCACUGGUGGCGCCAGCUGGACGGUUGACCAGUGCAUGGGCAGCUUUGAAUCCGAAGGAACAGUCGAUGGUCUCUCGAGCCCUACCAGUGCCUCCGAUAUGCGGAACUCAUCCCGGGUUCGUAAGCCCACCAUGAGGGCAAUUGAAUCUUUUGAAUCAACUAAGAAGAAACCUCGCCGCAAGAACAUGACAGUGUCCACCCCGACCGUGGAAACUCCUGCUCCUACCCCUGCUGCCCCUGCUACCCCCGUGACUACCAAGGUUGCGAAGAACCAUAUAUCGAAGCAACCAAUGAGAAAAACCAGAAAGUCAAGGAGAGUGACCAACUUGAACAUGCGGAAAAAUGCCGUCUUGAUCGGUUUCGAUAUUGACGUCAAAGUGGCUGGCAAGAAGCUGUAUGACCUAACUGUUCAUUCCCUAAACCCUGACUUUACUCUCCCUUUCAAUUUCCCCGUGUUCUGGGAGCAGCAGCGAAGUGAAUACUUCCGUCGCCAAGAUGAAGAAAAAUAUGGCGUCGACAUACCCACCACUGAAGCCACCUUGCCGAGUGAUAUCGAUCUUGACGUUGAAAUGAUUGAACAAGACCUCACAGCGCCUAUUAUCGCUCCUUCUUCUCCCACUUCCCCCACUCCUCCCACUGCAGCCACCAACGGCUCAAGCAUCCUGAGCUACAAAAAGCAGUCUGACAGCAAGGUCAACAACGAUGGCUGGAUUCAAACUGGCUACAUUAACUCCUACGGCGAAGAGGUUACUCUGAUUUCCGAGGAAUGCCACCCCUAUUAUCCGGCUCAUACUUACGGCUACGAAGGCCUUCCUUUCCCUCCAGUGCGCGCCAGAACCAAAGAGCAAGCCGAGGCCGAUGCCGCUCACAGCUUUGCCCCACUCAUGGGAGACCGUAAUCUCCCAAUAGAGGCUGUGGCUCCAUUCAUUGCUGAAAACGUGGAGGCGGAGAAGGCCAGGGCUCUGGCUCGCACUCCUGUGCCAGCUCCCACAACCAAGAAGCCCCGCGCCCGAAAGCGUCGUCAGACUGCAGCUGUAGAUGCAGCAGACGAACCCACCGCCGCUGCUCCCGCCAUUACUACUGCCGAGACUAGCGGACGCAAGUCACAGCGUCGCCGUCGCCAGACUGCCCCGGCUACCACUGUCCACUCUCCCGCAUCUCCCACCUCUCCCACCUCUCCCAUCUCUCCCACAUCUCCCACCUCUCCUUCUCCUCCCCCGACGACUGCGACCCAAGUCCAGUCUUCGGGCCCCGCUGCCCCUGUCGCCCCCGCUGCCACCGAAGGCGACAAGCCUAAGGUGCAGCGGCUCCGGCUGACCUUGAAGCCGGCGCUCAAGACUGAGGCCUCCGGGGUUGAAGCAUCUGCUUCUAACCCCGCCAUGCAGUCCCCUUCCUCCCCCGUCCCCUCACGUGCGCCGUCCUCCGCACAAACCAAUAACCGCCGCCGCCGGGGCAUGUGA